AUGUCGGGAAAAGUACGUCGAGAGAAUGAUGAUGAUGAAGUUAAAGAUAAUGAUCGUAAAAGAGUCGAAUCUAACUAUGUUCGUAAUUCAUCUGCAACAACACCAAAACGGAUUCGUCGUAAUGAAGAACAUGUCGAAAAAGAAUUAAUUAAUGAAUUUUCAUCAAAUUCAAAUAUUGAAUUAAAUCCAAAAGAAAAAAGUCAAGGUUCAGCACAAUUAGAUAAUUUUUAUGCAUCAUUUUUACCAUCAAGUCAAUAUUAUGAAAGAUCUUAUAUGCAUAGAGAUGUAGUUACACAUGUUAUUGUAACAAAAACUGAUUUUUUAAUAAGCGGUUCCCAAGAUGGUCAUAUUAAAUUUUGGAAAAUUUUAACAUCAGAUUAUUUAAAACAACAACAAACAGUAGCAACCAGUAGUCAUUCAUCCAAAGCAAAUGAUGAUCAACAAGAAGAAAUCAAUUCUUUAGUUCCUCUUCCCAUUCAAUUUGUUAAACAUUUUCGUGCUCAUUUAGGUCCAAUAUUAGCAAUGUGUGUGAAUGUAUCUGGAACAUUAUUAUGUUCAACAUGUUCUGAUCGAACAUUAAAAAUGUUUGAUGUAUUAUCAUUUGAUAUGAUUACAAUGGUUAAAUUAGAUAUUAUUCCAUUAACUUGUUCAUUUGUUGAUUCAUCUCGUCAAGCUUUAUCAAAAUUGGCUGUAUCUGAUAGUCAGUCAUCAACAAUAUAUAUAUAUGAUGCUAAAACAUUAAAUAUAAAAGAACCAAUAUCAAUAUUAUCAAAUAUAGGUCAUGGAUCAUCUGUAUCAAUAAUAAGUUAUUCAUCACAAUAUGAUUUAGCUAUAUCUUGUGAUCAAACAUCAAUAAUUAAUUAUUGGUCACCAACUAAUAUCGAAAGUUUACCAAAUGAAAUAUUAUUUAAAUCAAAAUUAGAUACUGAUUUAUUUGAAUUAGUUAAAAGAAAAUUAAUUCCAUUAGCAUUAGAGUUUAAUAAUACUGGAGAUUUAUUUGCAUUAAUGGGAAAAUCUUCAACGGAAAAAAAAUUAUUUCUUUUUAAUACUUUAAAAGGUAAAAUAUUAAAAGUAUUUGAUGAACAUUUAGAAAUAUAUAAACAAUUACAUGAACGUUUACUAACAAAACAACAAGAAAGUGAAGAAAAAAAAUUAAAUUUAAAUAUAUUAAAUAAUGUUGAGUAUUCAAGACGUUUAACAAUUGAAAAAGAUUUAGAAAAAAAUCAAUCAAUUUAUUCUUUAAUUAAUCUUCAAUUUGAUUCAUCUGGGACUUUUCUUUUUUAUUCAACAUUAUAUGGAAUUAAAAUGUUAAAUAUACGAAAUAAUUCUAUUAGAUUAUUUUUUGGUACUACAGAAAAUGCUAGAUUUAUUCGUUUAGCACUUUAUCAAUAUAAUAAAUCAUCAGAUAAUAAUCUUAAUUCAACUAUUCUUUUUACAACUGCUUAUAAAAAAAAUCGAUUUUAUUUAUUUACAAGAAAUAAUCCACAAGACAAUCGAAGUGAACAUGAUAAUGAUCGUGAUGUUUAUAAUGAAAAACCAUCUCGUGAAGAAGUUUUAACAGCAACAGAAGAACAAGCAUUAUCAUCAUUAUCUCAAUCAGCAAUAAUUCAUACAACAUAUGGUGAUAUUCAUGUUCGUUUAUUUCCUGAAUAUGUUCCAAAAACUUGUGAAAAUUUUAUUCAACAUUCAAAACAAUCUUAUUAUAAUGGUUGUAUUUUUCAUCGUGUUAUUAAACAAUUUAUGAUUCAAACAGGUGAUCCAUUAGGAAAUGGAACAGGUGGUCAAUCAAUAUGGGGAAAAGAUUUUCAAGACGAAUUUCAUCCACAAUUAAAACAUGAUCGUCCAUAUACACUUUCAAUGGCAAAUGCUGGACCAAAUACAAAUGGUUCACAAUUUUUUAUAACUGUUGUACCAAGUCCAUGGCUUGAUAAUAAACAUACUAUUUUUGGAAGAGUUUCUAAAGGAAUGGAUGUUGUAGAAAAAAUUUCUCAAGCAAAAACAGAUCGACUUGAUAAACCUUUAGAUGAUAUUAAAAUUAUUUCAAUAUCUAUUAAAUAA